CCUAUCUAUAUAUGAAGAUUAAAUCAACUUCCUUGAUUAACAACGCCAGCUGAAGGAGAAACCAAAGCCAAACUGGGCAGCAAUGGAUAUUCUCUCGCUUUCCAUUUUUCUCUCUCUACUCUUUCUCCUCCUUGUCUUCCUUCUCUUUCGACCUCACCGCCGGAAAAACCUCCCGCCGAGCCCACGUUUUUCCCUUCCAAUUAUCGGCCAUCUCCAUCUCGUCAAACACCCUGUUCAUCGGACACUUCACAACCUCUCCCACAACUAUGGCCAUGUUUUCUCUCUCCGAUUCGGUCCAUGAAUGAAGAAGUAGUGGGCCUUUCACCCUUCACGUCUCGUUGUAGUUGUAUCAUCUCCUUCCGUCGUACAAGAAUGCUUUACAAAGAACGAUAUCGUUCUCGCAAAUCGGCCGCUAUUGGACACCGGAAAACACUUAGCCUACAACCACACCACCAUGGCAGUUGCCCCUUACGGGGACCAUUGGCGAAACCUUCGCCGGAUUGGCGCCCUUGAGAUUUUCUCAACAACUCGAAUGAAUCUGUUCUCGGGGAUUCGAGAAGGCGAAGUUAAACGUUUGAUGCGUAAACGCAGUUCGUUGGUAGAAUUCACGGUGGUUGAGCCGGGGUCGAUGAUUUUGGAUCUUAUGUUCAAUAUCAUUAUGAGAAUGGUGGCUGGGAAGAAGUAUUAUGAAGACGACAUGUCGAAUGAUGGAAAAUCGAGGAAAUUUAGAGAGGUGGUGAAAGAAAUUAUGGCGCAUGGUGGGGCAACGAAUCCAGGAGAUUUCAUACCUAUAUGGAAUUGGAUUGAUCCUACUGGUUUGGAAAAGAAGAUUAUGAAGCUUGGAAACACAAUGGAUGAACUUCUUCAAGAACUUAUUGAUGAGAUAAGGAAUCAGAAAGGUGAAGGCAACACUAUGAUUGAGCAUUUACUUCCCUUGCAGAAAACUGAGCCUGAAAAUCAUAGUGACCUUAUUAUCAAAGGCCUCAUACAAAUCAUAUUAGUAGCAGGAAUUGACACUACCGGAGUGACAUUAGAAUGGACGCUCUCCCAUCUACUCAACAAUCCAGAGGUGUUAGAGAAGGCAAAAACUGAGAUAGACAAUUUUGUUGGACAAGAGCGUCUGGUUAAUGAAGCUGAUCUGUCGAGUUUAAGUUAUGUGCAAGGAAUAAUUUCUGAGACUCUGAGACUAACCCCAGCAGCUCCCUUGCUUGUGCCGCAUUGCCCAUCUGAAGAUUGUAAAAUAGGAGGGUAUGAUGUACCACGGGAUGCAAUUGUAUUGAUUAAUGCUUGGGCUAUUCAUAGAGAUCCCGAACUAUGGGAAGAUGCCACCAGCUUUAAGCCUGAAAGGCAUCCCGAACUAUGGGAAGAUGCCACCAGCUUUAAGCCUGAAAGGCAUACAAAUGCGAUUGGAGUUGACUCGUACAAACUAUUACCAUUUGGUUUGGGGAGGAGAGCCUGCCCUGGAAUGGGAAUGGCUCAACGUGUAGCUGUCUUGACUUUGGCAUCGUUGAUUCAAUGCUUUGAGUGGAAAAGAGUGAGCUUGACUUUGGCAUCGUUGAUUCAAUGCUUUGAGUGGAAAAGAGUGAGCUGCUCAUUGGUUGACAUGACUGAAGGUGAAGGAAUCACUAUGCCCAAAGCUCAACCAUUGAUAGUCAAGUGUAGACCACGUCCAAUCAUGAGAGCUAUUCUCAACCAAGUGUAGUUUUGCACAAUAUUUAAAAUGGACUUCUCAACUAGCAAAAGAUAUAGGAUAUAUCACUUAUAAGAUGGUCUAGGCUGGUCAAUGUCGUAAUCUUGAGCGUGUUAUGAAUUUUUGAAGUUAAAGUGGUGUGUUUUGAUUCAUAUGUAUGAGAUCGAACAAUAUAUAUAAUUUAAUAUGCAUAUUAUUUUAGAGUCAUGAUGAAA